UUGGCUGGUGCAAUAUUCCGAAAUCAGAACUAUAAACUUUCAGGAUCAAACAUGUCUGACAACGAAAAGCUCCAAGCACAGUUUAAUCUUGCUGAAAAGGCUUUUAAAAGUAGUGACGCUUAUCAUGAGUUAAGGCCAGAUUACUCCWUUCAGUGCGUUGAAUACAUCCUCUUGGAAACUGGUGUCCUAUCUCAAGAUCAAGCUACAAGAAACGAUGCUCUUACAGUAUUGGAACUUGGUUGUGGAACAGGUUUAUUCACGCAGACUGCACAAAGAGUCUUGAAAGACGCCGUUAAUGUUCGAUACAUUGCAUCAGACCCUCUUGAAAGCAUGAGGACAACAUUUUUACAGUCUCUGCCAGAUGUAGAGAUAUUCAACUUUAAGGCMGAAAACAUCCCGCUACCCGAUAACAGUGUACACACUGUCCUUGCACCAGCCAGUCUUCACUGGUUUGCUAACCAAGAGGCUUUCCGUGAAAUGUACCGCGUCUUGGAGCCUAACGGAAUGCUAGGAUACAUAAUACCCUGGCCAACUGAGACAGACGACUUCCCAUGGGUUAAGGAAAUAAACAAACUUAUAUAUGAGAGCUAUGAAAAGACAAAGGCACCACAAAAUCACGAUAUGAAAUGGAUAAAGGAACUAGACAAAUCGGGUCUCUUUCAUGAGGUUAAAAGCAAUUUUAUGUUCAAAAUCUAUCAACGCCUGACCCAGCAGCAGUGUGUGACGAUGUUUGCGUCAUACGGAGGAGUUAAGUCAGGAGGUGAUGACCACGUUAAAGAAUUUGAGAAGGUUGAUAAGAUCUUGACCGAUAAUUUUUCUGGUAAAGGCAUAGAAUUUGAAGGCGUUGAUUACACUGUAGAAAUCUACACGAGCAGGUCUAAGAAAUUAACGAAAUAAUAAUGAAAUAAUGGAAUGACAUGUAUUAGAAAUAAGUAACGCGGUUUCCAUAUGUUGUUUUGUACUUUUAUACAAUUCACUCUCUUGGAGUAUAAAUUUUUUAGAAUAGCUUUAACUAUCGAAAUUUUGUUACAACGUAGACUUUCUGAAUUGCUGUUCAUUAAAAGAAUGAUAUUCUUSCUGUAAUUUACCGUUACGUACUGUACCGUACUGUACUCCAAUAUCMUUUUAUGUGUGACUAAAGAUUGAAUUGAUUUGAAUAUUGUCGUUUAUCAGCCAACGUAGUUGUAGUCGGGAACAGAACAAUAGACAAUAUGUGAAAAUCUUGAAAUUAGAGUUAUUCUAUUCAAAUCUGAAAUUUCAAUCARGCGAACUGCAAUGUAACUUUCAUUAUUCAGAAUGCAAGAAAUAAAGU